UGGGGUUGCGGAGAGUUGGGGACGUGGCGACUGCAGUGGCUUGGUUUUGAAUUUGAAGCAAAACAAUUUCUCCUCCGAAAGAGGACACUUUCAGUUCCUGAGUAGCGCAGUAACCUUUGGUUGAGGCAAAGAACUUUGAUAUCUUCAAAAGGCAACCAGUCGAGGACACGGCAGCUAUGUAGACACCACAGUGUGCAACGUAAGCCCCGAGGUGUUUCCAUGACAACAUAUCAACAAUGGAUGGGAUGGGGGCACCUGGAGAUGUUCUCUGUGCUGAUCCCAAUCAAUGGCCCAUAAAUGAUGGCACAAGAGGUGAUUUUGGGGUAAUGCAGCAACUUUCCCAGAGUGAUAUUCUCCGGAUUUGCAGUGUUCUGGAAGAUUGCAUUGAUCAAUUAACCAUUCUUGGCCUCAUAAUGCCAGUCUCCUAUGAAGAAAGGGCAGAUGCGACAAGUAAUAUAGGGAAUGACAUUGACCUGAUACUGAAGGGUCAGAAACAGGUGGAGUCAAAAUAUCAGGAUCUAAUGACUUCUAGGUCAGAGGACAAGGAGGCUGGAAGGCUUUCUACAGCACAAUUGACAGAGCUGGGAGAGCAAAUCCAAGAAGUUGCAGCAGACCUGAAGAGGAGUAGUCAGCUCUUCAACAUGUCCCUGAAACAGAAUCCACUUAGUGCUGGUAAUCUGGCCAAGGUACAAACUGACAGGCAAUUUGCUUUGGACGUGAUUACUAAUGCCCUGAAGGAGCUGCAUUUAUCGGGAACUUUUCUGACUCUGCUGGAUGUUAUUGAGAGGGAGAAACAGAAAAAAAUCAACAUGCAAAAUGCCAUCAUCAGGGAAGAAGAAGGCAGAAGGAAAAUUAAAGCUCUGAGAAAUCACCUGCAAAAUUUACGGAAGGAAAAGGAGGCAGAACAACAGAAUAAAAAUGAGAUGAUCGCUCACUUAAAAGACCAAGUGCAAGAAAUGAAAGCAAAAACCUCCAUGGAAGGGAAGUACAUGAAGAGAGAUGCAGAACUGCAGAUCCAACAGACACAAAAGAAAUGUGCCAGUGAGGAACAUAAAUUAAAGGAAGAGGUGCAGCUCUUGAAAAGCAAAAUCGAUCAGGAGACUCGGGUACAUUUGGAGAUUGAAAAGUUCCUGAGGCAAAAUCAGGCAGACCUGGAAGAAAAGCUGGAAUUUUGGAUGGAAAAAUAUGAUAAAGAUAUUGAAGCAAAGCAAAGUGAACUGAUUUCUCUGAAAUCAUCCAAGACUAGUAAUUUACAACGGCUCAAAGAGUACUCUGAAAAGUAUUUGACAUAUGAACGAGUGAUAAUUGAGGACAGAGUUGAGAAGGAAAAUGAAUGCAAAAGACGGACACAAGAAGAAAAAGAGUUUAGGAGCAUUAUUAAGCUUCAAUCAUGGUGGCGAGGGGUCAUGGUUCGCAGGGGAAUUGGUAUCUAUAAGAACAUCAAAAAGAAAGCAGAAAACAAAGGAAAGGCCAAAGGAAAAGGGAAGGAGGAUGAUAAGAAGAAGAAGAAGAAGAAAUGAAACCACUUUAAAGAAAUUUGGAGCAUCCAUAACAUUUGUUUCAAAAUAGAAGUUACUUGACAAUACAAACCAAUUUAAAAUUGUUAAAUUGUAUUGAACAAGUAAGAUUGCAAUUUAUACAAAAUCAACUGCUAAUUAUACUAACAGUUAACCUAUUAUAUUUUUCACCCUGGCAAAACAAUUAAAAACUCUGUGACUUGUUUCUUAGCAUUUUCAUUCCCAGUGCAAGUCCUCCCACCCUCCAACCUCCACAAUCCUCAUCUCACCCUCCCCUCCCCCCCCCGCCUUCCGGAACAGCCACUGCAACAUUCUUA